AUGUGUCCUUCCCUCCUUGUACCCUGUCUCGUCCGCCUUCUUUUCCCUCUGCCCUCCCCUUGGUGCCCAUCAGCCGCGGUCCUGCAAACCAUCAAGUCGGCCAUGGGGCUCACCUACACCACGUGGGCGUCCUCCAACCCCUGCCGUUUGCUCGACGAUCCGGCCAAAACUGGCGAGUGGGAGCGCGUGAGCUGCACCUCUCAAGGCCGCAUCGCCACGAUCAAUCUGGACUCUGCGGCACUCGUGCGCAAGAGCUUCCCCUCCGACAUCACCAAGCUCACAGCUAUUACCGGCUUGUGGAUGCCGUGGAACUUCCUCGACGGCAGCCUCAAAAACUACCUCGAAGACUUCUCUGCGCUCACCAACUUGAAGGCGUUGGGCAUGCAGUACAUGUUCUUCUCCGGGUCGUUCCCAAGCGUGCUCAUGAGUCUGCCCAGCCUCACGAAUCUGGCGUUGCGUUACAACUACCUCACAGGCACGCUCCCAGCGGGCAUCACCAAGAUCGGGUCGCUCGACCUCACACAGAACUACUUCGUGGGCUCGCUGCCCUCCGGCACCUGGACCUCCUACUCAGUCACCAGAAACUGCCUUGCAAGCGCCGGCAACUGCCAGAACAACGGGCAGAGGAGCGCGUGCGGUAUCUGUGGCACCACUGAUGGCACGGGCACGCUGUGCGGAUUGGGGCAGACGUGCUUGCCGGACGCUGAUGCCAAGAUUGGGGCGAAGCAGAAUAACUAUGGAAGUGAAGUGGCCCUGGCGUGCGUUAACAAGAUCAUCAACAUGACUGCCUCUGACGGUCAGUGGCUCCUCCCCUCCCUUCCUAAUCCUGCCGCGAUGCAGAACAUCAAGACUGCGCUGGGUGUGACCUUGACCACGUGGACGGCCACUGCACCGUGCCGCUUGACCAAGGCCCCCGUGGCCAUUGCGGGCGAGUGGACUGGCGUCUUCUGCACGGAAGCCGGCAAGGUGUCCGACAUUGGUGCCGCCGCCAACUACCUCAUGGGCUCUGUGCCUGCGCUGGCCACCGGGCUGCGCACGGUAGACGUGCGAUUCAACUUCCUCACGGACCUGCCAGCAGUCACCUACUCGUGGUGCGGCGGCAACGGCAACUGCCUGCUCACGCCCUCCAAGUGCGCCUCAGAUGGCUCCCCUCAAAGGGCUGCGGCGGAUUGUGCCUUCUGCGGCAGCACCAACGGCGUGCCCCCGCUCUGCUGGGGGGCGGGAGGUGUGUGCACUGUGGACGCGGCUGCAGCCGUGGCUGCGGGGACUGUGAGCUCGAAGACGCAGGCCCCGCUGAGCAGGGCGUGCGUGGGCGGAUCUGUGGUGGGCAUGAAGGACAGCACAGCCAUGCUCGGCCUCAAGGCGUCGCUCGGCGUCACUUUCACCACCUGGGCGGCCAGUGUGCCGUGCCAACUCAAGGGGCAGACCACCACGGUGACAGUCUGGAACGGCGUGCUCUGUGACAGCAAUGGCACUGUCUGCAACGGUGUUGCCGCCUUCCCUCUCUGCUCUCCCGCUCUGCUCGCCUCCCGCAGCUCCCUGCAGAGCAAUCUCCUCAACUACCCCCUCGAUUCCUUCACCACUCACCUCCGAUCAUUGCCGCUGCUGGCCGACCUCCGCCUGCACUACAACUACUUGUUUGGAGACAUCCCCUCGUUCCUCGUGGCCCUCCCAAAACUGACUGGACUCGGCGCGGUCGCCAACUACCUCACGGGCUCCUUGCCUGUGCUCGCCAGCGGGCUGCGCACCCUAGACCUGCGAAACAACUUCCUCACAGACCUCCCAGCAGUCACUUACUCGUACUGCGGCGGCAGCAACAACUGCCUGCUCACGCCCUCCAAGUGCUCCAGCUCCGGCACCACCCAGAGGGCUGCUGCUGAUUGUGCCGUCUGCGGCACCACCAACGGUGUGGGGCCCUACUGCGCUUCCACAGGAGGAACGUGCACGCUUGACGCGGCUGCAAACGUGGAUGCCGGCACUCUGAACUCGUUCUCACAGCCCUUGCUGCCCCUGGCGUGCUUCGUGCCGCUCGUGCUCGUCAAAGAAACUGCAGAGUCCACAGAUCCCGUGCAUCCACAUCCACUGCACCUUGGGGCCACAGCGUCUCCCCCUCCUGCUCACGUGCUCCUUGAGGGGCGUCCACCCACCGCUCGCUGCUUGCCCUGUUGCCCCACUCCCCGCAUGCCCGCACCAGCCAUGCUCGCCCUCAAGUCGUCGCUGGGAGUCACUUUCACCACGUGGGAUGCCACUACGCCGUGCAAACAAGCGGGGUCGACCACCACGGCGACAGUCUGGAGCGGCGUGUCCUGUGACGGCAAUGGCAGUGUCGUGGGCAUAGCGGUGAGCAGUGCAAAACUCUAUGGCUCGCUACCGACAGACAUCUCCACGCUCACUGCUCUCACCCUCCUUGCUGGCCGACAUGUGAGUGCUGCUGGCCGGCAUGUGAGUGCUGCUGGCCGGCAUGUGAGUGCUGCUUGCCGCCAUGUGAGUGCUGCUGGCCGGCAUGUGAGUGCUGCUGGCCGGCAUGUGAGUGCUGCUGGCCGGCAUGUGAGUGCUGCUGGCCAGCAUGUGAGUGCUGCUGGCCGGCAUGUGAGUGCUGCUGGCCGGCAUGUCAGUGCUGCUGGCCGGCAUGUCAGUGCUGCUGGCCGGCAUGUGAGUGCUGCUGGCCGACAUGUGAGUGCUGCUGGCCGGCAUGUGAGUGCUGCUGGCCAGCAUGUGAGUGCUGCUGGCCGGCAUGUGAGUGCUGCUUGCCGCCAUGUGAGUGCUGCUGGCCGGCAUGUGAGUGCUGCUGGCCGGCAUGUGAGUGCUGCUGGCCGGCAUGUGAGUGCUGCUGGCCGGCAUGUGAGUGCUGCUGGCCGGCAUGUGAGUGCUGCUGGCCGGCAUUGCUCCUGUCAUCUAACUUCUUAUAAAUCCCUCUGUGCAUUUGCCCCCUCGCCGCCCUCCCCAUUCGCCAGCGGUGCUGUAUACAACUACUUCAUGGGCUCCGUGCCGGCGCUCGCGUCGGGGCUGCGCAGCAUUGAUCUGCGAGGAAACUUCCUCACGGAUCUGCCAGCAGUGAACUACACAUGGUGUGGCGGCGCAAACAACUGCCUGCUCACGCCCUCCAAGUGCGCCACCACCGGCACCGCCCAGAGGGCUGCUGCUGAUUGUGCCUUCUGCGGCACCACCAAUGGCGUGGGGCCCUACUGCUGGGGGGCGGGAGGAGUGUGCGAGGUGCUUGUGCCUGAUGGAGCCCCGGUGAACUCACCAUCGCAGCCUGUGUUGUCCAGGGCGUGCAUGGGCGGGUCCCUGGUGGAAAUGCAGAAUACUGACGCCUCACGCCAUAGCUUGCUACCAUUCGCCUUGCCUUACCCGCCCGGCGAUUCCUGUAUCCGCCCGCCCCCCCCAUCCGCCGUCCCCACCAGCCAUGCUGGCACUCAAGUCGUCGCUGGGAGUGACGUUCAACAGUUGGGCGGCCUCUGUGCCGUGCCGUGCGCGCUCAAGCCUUGUCUCACCCGCCUUACCCCCACUCGUUGCCCCAUCUCCCCCCUCCCCCUCCCCUCCCCCCCUCCCGUCCUUCAUUGCCAUGAUUCAGCCAUGCUGGCGCUCAAGUCGUCGCUGGGAGUGACGUUCAACAGCUGGGCGGCCUCUGUGCCGUGCCUGACGGAGGAUGCAACGCCGUCGUCGGUGCCCACGUGGACCGGCGUGCGCUGUGACUUCAUGGGCAACGUCGUGAACAUGUCCCUCUCGAGGCAGCUCUUCCAGGCGCCCCUCGCUGCCUUCACCUCCAACCUUCUCACACUCACCAGCCUCCAGCAUCUCCAACUGCAGAGCAACUGGCUCUUCGGUCCUGUGCCGUCCACACUCGUCAAUUUGCCCACACUCUUCAUGCUUGAUCUGAGCUACAACUACCUCACGGGCAGCUUCCCAGCAUCAAACAGCCUGAGCGAUCUAGAUAUACGCAGCAACUUCAUCUACGCCAUGGGAAGCAUGAGCCUCGACACGUGUACCGCCCAGUACAACUGCUUCCCCACUACCUCCGUCUGCGCCACCACCGACGUCACCCAGCGCCCCGCAGCAGACUGUGCCAUCUGCGGCUCCACUAAUGGCCAGCCGCCCUUCUGUGGUGGCACCGGCACGUGCUCGGUCGACUCUGCUGCUGCGGCCGCGCUGGGGACGCCCAAUCUUCCAAACUCGCCCAAUCUGGCCAUGGCCUGCAGUGGCAUCCCCAUCGAUGCUGCUGACGGUGAGCGCAUGCAGCAGCCACGCACUGAGAUUCGCCCGCACUCGCAGGCACCCCCCACUCACAGGCACCCCGCACUCACAUGCAGUUGCCUCCUCCCACCGGUGGUGCUGCUGGCGCUCAAGUCGUCGCUGGGCGUGACGCUGAGCAACUGGAACGCAGCUGCGCCGUGCACGCUGGAGGGGCAGACGCUGCUGCCCGCGCAGUGGGGCGGCGUGCGCUGUACCGCUGCAGGCAAAGUGCUGAGCAUGAGGGAGUGGGUGGGGUGUUGCAUGGAGGAGGGAGUGGGUGGGGUGUUGCAUGGAGGAGGGAGUGGGUGGGGUGUUGCAUGGAGGAGGGAGUGGGUGGGGUGCAGCAUGCAAGAGGGAGAGGGCGCAUGUGCUACGUGGGUGCUGGAGCUGCUCUUGCCUCUCCCUAAGCCACCAUUCGCACACUUCCUCCCACUGAUUUACCUCCCCCCUCACUUCAUUUCCCCGGGCUGGCCGGCCCGUCCUGAACUGGCCCGAACCGGUCUGAGCCGCGUUUCGGCGGCGGCCAUGCGGCCGAGUCGCAUGUUGCAGCAUUUGAAUGCGCUCACACGGCAGCAGCUGCAGGGCUCCAUUCAUCCCGACAUUUCCAAGCUCACCACACUCACUUACCUUGAAUUGGGCUACAACCUCUUCCAGGGCCGUCUGGACCUCUUUGCCGCACCGCUCAAGCCCCUCACCACCCUCAAGGCGCUCUUCUUCCACUACAACUACUUCGCCGGCUCCAUUCCUUCCGUCUUCUCCACGCUGCCUCAGCUCACCUCACUCGGCCUCUUCUCAAACUACCUCACGGGCACCGUUCCCAUCCCCUCCAAGGCCCUGCUGGCGCUGGACGUGGGCUUUAACUUCCUCUCGGGCACCUUCCCGAAGCUGCCGCUCAUGUUCUGUGCGGGCGACAACAACUGCUUCCUCAACUCCACCGCCUGCCGCACCUACGGCAUCGUGCAGCGCCCUGCCGGCGCCUGCGCCAUCUGCGGCACCGCGGCCGGCCAGGGCGACCUCUGCUUUGGCGGCUCCUGCGCUCCCAGCGCCGCUGCUGCCGUCAGCGCCGGCACUGUCAAUUCGCCAAAUCAGCCAAUUCUGCCCAUGGCAUGCGCAGACAAUCCAGCCGCACCAAUGGAUAUAGGCUCAGCGGUGGCGCUGCUGAACGUGAAGGCAGCGUUGGGAGUGACGUUCACCAGCUGGGCAGCUGCAUCGCCCUGCGCCAUCGCCAACUCCUCCACCACCAUUGGAGGCACCUGGACCGGCGUGCUCUGCUCCUCCACUGGCAACGUCCUCAGCGUCAACCUCUCCUCCUCCGCCAUCGCUGGCACCAUGCAUGCUGACAUCACCAAGCUCACCACGCUCACCUACCUGUCAGUGCCAGUGCCCUCCACCCCUCUUGUUCGCUGCUCCUUCCAAUGCCCGCUGAGAGCUCUCUCUUACCCACAUCUUUGCUUGCUUGCUUGCGAUUGCAAGCUUUCGCCCUCACUUCUUUCUUUUCUGCCUCCCCACCUUGCACAUUUGCUGCAUCUGAGGCUUCCUCUUCCGCCUCAACUCUGCCUGCUCCCCAUCUCUGCCGCCCCACCUGCUCCCCUUGCACCCCAUGCCUUCCACCCUGCUGCCUCUCCUGAUUGCCCCUGCAGCGAUCUGUCCAAGAACCUGCUGCGCGGCAGCCUUGCAAGCUUCGUCUCUUUCUUUCCCGGCUCCAAGGCGCUCCUGCAGCUGCGCCUCAACAACAACUGGUUCUCGGGCUCCCUGCCUCAGACCCUCAUGAAUCUUCCUGCCCUCACUCUGCUGGACGUGCAUGCGAAUGCACUGACAGGGUCGCUUCCCGCCAUAUCAUCUACGCUGGCAGCGCUCUUCCUGCACGACAACUUCCUGGCCGGCACCUUCACAGCGGCCGCCCUCACCGCUUGUGAUGCCAGCCUCAACUGCAUGACCAGCGCCGCCGCCUGUGGCGCCAGCAGCACCACUCAGAGGGCCGCUGCUGCCUGUGCUAUCUGCGACAGCGCAGCGGCGCAAGGGCUGCUGUGCUGGGGCGGCAUGUGCCUGCCCAACGUCACUGACACCGCCGCCCACCCUGACGGGCUCGCCCCGCCGCCCAUGUACUGCUCUGGUGCGUCUCUCCCCGCCCUUCUCCCUGCGCUAUGGGAGAACCGUCUGCUGCUCCCCACCCCACAGUGUCCUCCUUGCCCCUGCUUGCCCCCAUUCUCUCUGCGAUCUGCCUUCUGCUGGUUCGCGCUCUCAUUCACCUCUCCACUCAUACCAAUGCCCCCGAAUGCUUCUGAAUGCCUUGUGCAGGAGCUCCUGUGGCCAACAUCAGCGGCGCUGAUGGUGAGAGUGCUUCGCCUCACAUUGCCAUGCUGCCUGUGCUUAAAAGUUUUUGCAUUACACACGCAUGCGAAGCUCGCCAUGUGCAGUCGUGUCAUGGAUGCUCCACCAUGCAUCAUCUCGCCUCCCCCAACCCCAUCGGAAGCACUGGGGGCGCUGAAGAGUGCGAUGGGAGUGACGUUCACCACGUGGGCGCCCACCACCUACUGCACCGUGGCGCCCGCGCCGCAAAUCGCCGGCACGUGGAACGGCGUGCUCUGCAAUCCCACAGGCCAAGUCGUCAGCCUGCAACUCGCCAACAGCAAGCUCACGGGCACUCUGCCGCUCGCCGUCUCCAUGCUCAGUUUUCUCACUUCCAUAGCUGUAAGCCCCAUCCGCCCCCUCUGUUGCCCCUACCACUCACCGCAGCUGCUUCGUCUAGUGCCUCUUCUCUGCACCCUGCGACCCCUGCGCUUUCCUAUUCUUUUCCUCCGUUGUGAUCAUAUAUCCAUCACCCUGGUUAACCCAUGGGCACUUGCACGCGCACUCGCCUCCCCUCCCCACUGCGCCAUGGGCAGCACGGUGGGCUACAACUACCUGACGGGCGCGCUGCCCAACGUGACGUCCCCGCUCUCAGUGGUGGACGUGCAGUUCAACUUCCUGGGCGGCACCUUCCCCGCGCUCACGCUCUCCCGCUGCGCCGCGCGCAUGAACUGCUUCCUCGACGCCUCCAAGUGCAACUACCCCAACCGCGCCUCCGAGCUCCCUCGGGCUCCUGCGGCAUGUGCCAUCUGCAACACCACCAACGCACAGGGCCGCCUGUGCAACGGCGGGCUGUGCACCGUGAAUGCCACGGACCUGGUGGCUCUGGGCGCGCCCAACAGUGCAGCGUCGCCCACGCUGCCGCUCAUCUGCGUGGGCGCGGCGUUUGUGGCGAUGGACGCGGUCCAAGCGGGUGCCAUGCUGAACCUCAAGGCGUCGCUGGGAGUGACCUUCACUGACUGGAAGGCCGACUCGCCAUGCUCCCUGCCUGGUGGCGUUGCCGCCGGGUCGUGGAGUGGCGUCACCUGCGAUGGCUCUGGCAAAGUGCUGGGCAUAGUGCUGAGUUCCCAAAAGCUGGCGGGCAGCAUCCACUCCGACAUCUCAAAGCUCAACACGCUCACCUCGCUCGACCUGCAGUCCAACCUGCUGCAGGGGCGGCUGGACUCCUUCACUGCCGGCAUCAAGACGCCCCUCGUGCUCAAGGAGCUCGCUCUGCAGUUCAACUACCUGGUCGGUCCGUUCCCCUCCACGCUGCUCGCCCUCACAACCCUCUCCAAGCUCUCCGUGGCCUACAACUACCUCACGGGCACCGUCCCCGUGGUGCCAGCAUCAGCCAAGUCGCUGGACGUGCAGAGCAACUUCCUAUCGGGCGCCUUCCCCACCAACGCGCUCACCUACUGCGCCGCCGCCACCAACUGCCUCACCAACGCCAACAACUGCGCGGCGCUCGGCAUCGCACAGUGCACCGCCACGGACUUGAGUGCGGCUGUGUCGCUCCUGCCGUGCACACCACCCCCUCUUGUGCUCUCUCUCCCCCCCUUCCUCCCCUCCCUUCCCACCGUGUCGUACUCACGCCACCACCACUACGCCCCCUCUGCUCACUUUGUACGUGCAGCCGCAACACUGCUGGCGAUGAAGACGGUGCCGGGAGUGACGGCAACAGACUGGGCGGCCACAACACUGGUGCUGCAGCCCAAGGCGCUGAAGAGUGGCAGUGUGCCUAUGGCCACCACUGUGGGCUCCUGCACCGUGGAAGGGCAGGUGCCUGCACCUGGCGCAUGGACCAGCGUCUUCUGCAACUCUGCUGGCGCCAUUGUCGCCCUGCUGCUGCCCAACCAGAAGCUGGCUGGAAGCCUGUCGUCGGACAUCACCAAGCUCACAGCUCUCACCGCGCUGGAUCUGAGCGCCAAUCUCUUCCAGCAGCGCUUUGAUGUCUUUGUUUCUCUCUUCACCUCCCUCAAGACACUCAAGUCUCUGUCGCUGCAGUACAACUGGUUCUACAGCUCCAUCCCCGCCGCCCUCCUCGCCCUGCCAGCCCUCUCCAGCGUCCCCUUGUCACCCCACCUGCCAUGUUUCACAACCUUUGCUCUGCCAUCACGUGACACUCCCCUCACUUGUCCCACACCCCCCUCCUCGCUCCCUCCACUGGCUGCCCACAGCAAGCUGAACCGCAACUACCUGACGGGCGUGGUGCCCACCGUGGGCGCAGCGGCGAAGGAGCUGAACGUGGCGGGCAACUUCCUCUCGGGCUCCUUCCCCACCACCGGUGUCACAGCUUGUGAUGCGCGCUCCAACUGCUUCACAGACGCCUCCAAGUGCGCCAACACCAACGGCACCGCGCAGAGGGCCGCUGCCGACUGCAACGUCUGCGGCUCCACCGGGGCUGUCGGUGUGCUGUGUGGCGGCGGGUACUGCUUGCCCAACGCUGCCACGCCCGCAGCUGCUGGCACGCCCAACACGGAGGGGCAGGCGGUGCUGCCGCUGUUCUGCCAGGGCGGCCCCAUCGAGGCCACCAUGCGCGUCGCCAUGCUCAACCUCAAGGCGUCACUGGGCGUCACUCUCACCGACUGGGUUGACACGGCGCCGUGCAACAUUGCAGGGCAGACUGUUGUGCCGGGGGCGUGGUCCAACGUGGUUUGUGACUCAGCGGGCAAGGUCACGAGCAUUGCACCUGCGUUCUCUUGUCUCACGCUCUCACCACCACCUGCUGGAGAUAUGCUCUGGCAUCUUGGCCUCCCAUCACCCCCCCUUCUCCAUUCUUGCACCACCUGCCCCCCCUCCCUUCCUCUCCCCUGCCACCCGUCCCUCCCGGCAUGCAGCAUCUUGACGAGCAACCAGCUGCAGGGCCGUCUGGCGUUCUUCACGUCGGCCUUCAAGGGGCUCUCAGCGCUCAAGAUCUUGUCAGUCGCCUCUGCUCGCCACCUGCCCUCUGUCGAUCAUGUGGUCCCUUUCAGCUUUGACCCCUCUGCGCUCUGCUGUUCUAGUUGCUCCUGUACUCUCACUUG